AUGCCCGAUCAGCCCAGAUGGCAGCCGUGGGUCAAGUAUCGCGCGCUGAACAGGGCGUUCAAGAAAGAGAUUGAAGAUUACUACUUCAAGCACUGGAUCAAUGGUUCUGAAAUCAGGGUAAAACGCGAGGAACCGUUCCCGCCGGAUCCCUAUGACUUAUAUAGUCUGUAUCUGCGUGAGUGUUAUAUUUUCUCUGGCUUUCGUGAUUCUGAACAGCGCAUCGCUGUUUUCGAGGGUCAAAGAUUGAAGUGGACGGAUCCACGGGAACGUGAGCAUUUAAUUCAAAUUGAGAGAAUGUUGGAACAAUUCGACGAGCCAGGAUACCAUCCUUACAUCACCUUUAAGAUUGAAAAAGGAGUGACCGAUUUACUUCCCAUCGACCUUCGUUUUGGGAAUACCAUCACAAAUAGUUAUUUUACCUUUGACUGGCGAACUUAUCUCUCCACUCUGCUUGACGAGCGGCGCCGUCUCGAUGAGUAUGAAGCGGUCACCGGGGUAUGGCAUUCUUAG